CUCACGUUGAGCCCUACAGAGUCAUGGGACCCCACGCAAGUCUCCACUCGCGUUCACGGAUGAACACCACCAUGAAGCUGGUCGUGGCUAUGACCACGAAAGGAGAAAAUUGGGAGAGAAUGGAAAGGGAGAGGUGAAAAGUUUUCUCCCCUUUGGAGAGAGAGAGAGAGAGAGAGCAUGAAAUGCUUCCAUUUCUCGAAUGGAGGGAGGAGGGAGGAAGAAGACGGCGGCGGCGGCAGCAGCGUCGUUUCAAGCUCCAGGUCUUCCGCCGUGGUGUCCUGGGCCAGGUCUCUGAGCAUGGCAUCCAGCGGCGUCGACUCGACUCGGCGCUCCGAGUUCGACUCCGAGUCCAGGGACUUCCCCGGCGACUCGCUCGGAGGCUUCGUCAACCAGCGCAGGGGAGACGAUCUGCGGGUCUUCACCUUCGCCGAGCUGAAAUCGUCCUCCCGAGGGUUCAGCCGCGCCCUGAUGAUCGGAGAAGGCGGCUUCGGCUGCGUUUAUCGAGGCGCCGUUGGCGCUCCCGGCUCCGAUUCGAGAAUGGAUGUUGCCAUUAAACAGCUCAAUCGAAAUGGUUUCCAGGGGCAUAAGGAGUGGAUAAAUGAAGUCAACUUUUUGGGGGUAGUGAAGCACCCAAAUCUGGUGAGGUUGAUUGGAUAUUGUGCAGAAGACGACGAGAGAGGGAUCCAACGGCUCUUAGUCUACGAGCUCAUGUGUAAUAAGAGCCUGGAGGACCAUCUGUUUUCCAGAUCACUCAAUGCUCUUUCAUGGAAUACAAGGUUAAAGAUUGCCAGAGACGCAGCUCGCGGACUGGCCUAUCUUCACGAAGAAAUGGAUUUUCAGUUAAUCUUUCGCGAUUUCAAAUCAUCAAACAUUCUUUUAGAUGAAGACUUCAAUGCAAAGCUCUCGGACUUUGGACUGGCUAGCCUGGGACCAGCUCAAGGAUUUGGUCAUAUUUCUACCGCGGUUGUAGGAACGGUGGGCUACGCAGCGCCGGAGUAUGUCCAAGCGGGCAGACUAACAGCGAAGAGUGACGUAUGGAGCUUCGGGGUGGUUCUCUACGAGCUGAUCACGGGGCGGCGGGCGGUGGAGCGGAACCUGCCUCGCGGCGAGCAGAAGCUAUUGGAGUGGGUGAGGCCCUACAUGUCAUCGUCGGACCCAAAGAAGUUCUACACCAUUCUUGACCCAAGAUUGGAGGGACAGGAUUGGGGCGAGUCGGCGCGCAGAGUGGCCUCGCUGGCCAACAAGUGCCUCUCGAGGCAGCCCAAGUCUCGGCCCAGAAUGAGUGAGGUGGUCGAUGCACUCACCGCCAUCACCGCCGCCACGGCCGUGGCGGAUACCUGUGGCGGCGGAGGGGAAGGGGAAGAGGAGGAGGAGGAAGAUGGGGGGUUUGAAGAAUGUGGAGGGGGAGUGAACCAGAAGAAGAAGGGGUUUGAUCAUAUCAGGGAACUGAUCAGUUCAAGGGCGGCCAAGAGGAUUGGGAAGAAGGUGGAUUGGAGGAAUUGGACGCCCGGUUUGGUGAGAACGCGGUGAAAUCCCGCCCGCCCGAUGAUGACCGGAGUGAGUCCAAAUGUAUAGUUUGUUUUAAAUCCACGAGUAUCUUAUGAAUCUUAAUACAUAAAUGUGCUUUGU